AUGUAUGACACUGUCCUGCGAUUGGACAUGCCAACUGACACCCGCAUAGUGGGAUUCGCGGACGACAUCGCCAUCGUCACUGUGGCCAAGGAUAUCCAGCAAGCGGAAGAAAACACCAAUGCAGCAGUGUUUAGGAUUCUGGAAUGGAUGGAGGCAAACUCACUAUCCAUAGCCGCACACAAAACCGAGGCCGUGCUCAUAAGCAGCAGGAAAAAAGUGGAAACAGCCAGGAUCGAAGUCGCCGGAUGCUCUAUAACAUCAAAGCCUGCCAUUAAAUACCUUGAAGUCAUGAUGGACCAUAGGCUAACAUUCAAAGCCCACCUGCAGUAUGCCGCAAAUAAAGCUGGGAAGGCCACGUCAGCUAUAACUCGGCUUAUGGCUAACGUCGGCGGCCCCAAGCAACGGAGCAGAUGGCUCAUCUCGACGGUGGUAAGGUCCAUCAUCCUAUAUGCCGGCGCCAUAUGGGCACCAGCGAUAUCAUCCCCCACCUAUAGCCGGAAUUUCAUGUCGUCGUACCGAACAUGCGCACUCAGGACCGUAUGCGCGUUUAGGACAGUCCUCGAAGAUGCCGCCUUCGUGCUGUCUGAUAUGGCCCCACUAGACCUCUUGGCUAACGAGGCUAGAAAUAGAGAUCCGCCGCCAGUUAGAAGAGAGACGACUCUGACUAACUGGCAACGCAUAGGGCGUGACUCAAACCAUGGGAGCUGGACAAGGCGCCUUCUCCCCGACAUUCGGCAAUGGCUUAAUCGCAAACAUGGCCAGACUGACUUCUAUCUGACACAGUUACUGACGGGACAUGGAUGCUUUAAAUCCUACUUGCAAUAG